UGAGUUUUCAUUACAGAGGGGGAAAUCUUUGUGCUUCAAGAUUCCCUGCAAUAUGGAUUCAAAACUCUGUAUCUGAGGAAGAUCAGUCCUGCAGAACGGACACAUAGGGUCAUACAAGAGCAACGACCAUCAUCAUGUGGCUGUUAUGGACAUGCGUGCUCUGGCUGCUCAGGUGCAUCGUUUUCAGCAACGGAGGAAUAUUACAUCACACAGGAGAUUUGUGUCCAAGUUUAGAACAUGAAGGCCUCAUCGCAGGUGAUGGAAGCAUUAACACCACAGGAUUCAAUCUCAUCCGGCGGUUCUCCCUUCAGAAGACGAGUUUAGUAAAGAAAAUUCGGAACCCUAAAGGCCCUAUGAUUAUGAGGCUUGGAGGAGCCAGGCUGGUACAACCAACAGCACAGCUGUUCCCUUAUGGUAUUCCCGAUGAGUUCACUUUGGUGAUAACCUUGUUGCUGAAGAAGCAGACGACAGAUGAAGACUGGUACCUCUUCCAAAUCAAUGACCUUCAAGGAUAUCCACAGCUCUCCCUGGGAAUUAAUGGCAAGGACAGAAGUCUGGAAUUUAAAGCCAAAGGCCGUAACACAGAAUAUGUGGGCUGCACGUUUACUGGACAGGGAGUAUAUUCUCUCUUCGACAAUGGAUGGCACAAGAUUGUGUUAAGUGUGCAGGAGAAGGUGGUGUCUAUUCAUAUUGACUGCAGUUUUAUCUCCAGCAAACCUAUUGCACCAAGGAGGACACUAGCCAACCAGGGACAUGCCUUCAUUGGUUUAGAUACAGUGAAUGGUGCUCCAGUUCAUUUUGAUAUCCAGAAACUGCUGAUCUACUGUGAUCCAUUGAUGGCCAUGUAUGAAGGAUGCUGUGAACUCCUGCCAUCUGGGUGUGCUCCUGAUGGUCCUAAGACUAGACGCAACACAGAAGGAGUAGAGAACCUCAUUGAGAUGCCCUCUAAAUUGAACCAACAAAGUUAUACUCGAUGCUUCUGCCUUGAGGAUGUAUUGAGCAAAAAGGGUGAAAAGAUAUCUCCUGGGAUCCCUGUUGAUUUUCCCCCAGAGUGUGAAUCCUGUGCAUUUCGAAUUCCAGAAGCUAAUGUCACAGUGGGACAACCAGGCCCUAGGGGUUUUAAGGGUGAGAGAGGACAGUCUGGCAGUCAAGGUCCAAAAGGGGAGAGAGGAGAGCGAGGGGCAGAUUGCAUAAGAACAUCGGCACAAGGACCCUUGCAGUGUGCUGAGGGAGUAAAAGGGGAGAAAGGAGAACGAGGACAAGAGGGUCCCAGAGGAUUUGGAGGACCAACAGGAGCUGAAGGAGAGAGGGGACAGAAAGGUGAAAAGGGAGACUUUGGACUGAAAGGAACAUCUGGAACACCGGGACGAGAUGGGAGGCCAGGAGAGAUUUGUGUGGUUGGACCUAAGGGUCAAAAGGGAGACACAGGCAUAGUUGGCCCAGAAGGCCUUGCAGGAGAACCAGGAGCACCAGGCAAGCCAGGACUCCCAGGAAUUGGAAUACCAGGAAAGCCAGGUGAUCCUGGUGGUCCACCUGGUCCCCCUGGAGAUAAGGGGAUCCCAGGAAAUCCAGGCAAAGAUGGAGUUGUAGGAAAACCGGGUAAACCGGGUUUUUCAGGAUCAAAAGGGGAAAAGGGGGAUCCAUGUGAGGUCUGUCCAACUGUCUCUAGUGAUGGGUCACAGGUCAUAAGUGUACCUGGUGUCAAGGGGCAAAAAGGAGAAGAAGGAAUACCCGGGGUCGGAGAGCCAGGAAAAACAGGAGCAGCAGGCAUUCCAGGAACAAAAGGUGAACAGGGUAUUCAAGGUCUAUCUGGUUUAAAGGGAGAGAAGGGGGAGUCCUGUACAUCAUGUUCUCCACUGGCCUCUUUACUGAAGAUACCUGAUGGUCUCAAGGGAGAACCUGGGGAGCCUGGAAUUGGACUUACAGGACUACCGGGUAAACCAGGAGUACCAGGACUAUCAGGACCAAGAGGAGAAAAGGGGGAUGAUGGGUCUCAAGGUCCAGCUGGGACACCGGGCUUGAGAGGAGAGGUGGGAAGUUCAGGACCAAGUGGAACCAAAGGAGAAAAGGGGGAGCCCUGUACUUUAUGCCCAGCACUGCCAGCUGAAAUGGUAAAACCAGAGACCAUCUUUGCUGUACCAGGACCCCCAGGAGAGAAAGGACAACCAGGAGAACCAGGAGUAGGGCUACCUGGGAAAAAUGGAAAACAAGGAGAUACAGGGAUGAAAGGACAGAAGGGUGCGACUGGUAGUCAAGGGGAUCCUGGUAUACCAGGAACAGCAGGGCUAUCAGGACUGCCCGGAGAACAAGGAAUCCAAGGCUUGAGAGGGAUAAAAGGAGAAAAGGGUGAUGCUUGUGACUCAUGUCUCACAUCAGUGGAUGGGAGUGAAGAUGUGAUUGGUGUUCCCGGAAAACCAGGCCCAAAAGGAGACCAAGGACUACCUGGUGUCGGACAAGCAGGAAAACAGGGUCAACCAGGUCUCCCAGGAGUUCAGGGACCACCAGGAUUGAAAGGUGCACAGGGAGAGCCAGGACUUCCAGGAGAAGGAAAAAGGGGUCCACCAGGGGACAUGGGAGAGCAAGGUCUGCCAGGAAAAAUGGGACCUCCAGGCCCUCAAGGUCCUUCUGGAAAUACAGGAACAAAAGGUGAAAAGGGUGGCCCUGGGCGGAUGGGUGAGAUAGGACUUCCUGGGAACCCUGGAAUUGGAGUAAUGGGGCCACAGGGACGUGAUGGAUCCCCAGGCAAACCUGGAUUGCCUGGAAUUAAUGGUAUACAAGGAGGGAAAGGAAGCAGAGGUGAAAAGGGAGAUGCUGGAGUUUGUUCUUGUCCCCCGGGUCCAUGGAUGGGAUCUACAGAUGAGUGGAAUGGAGAUUUGUGGAAAUUUGGGAUCCAGGGACCACCGGGCCCCCCAGGCCCACCUGGACCUCCUGGACUACCUGGUCACCAGGGUUUGCCCGGACAUAAUGGUAUACCAGGACGACCUGGAGGGCCAGGAGAUCUGGGACCCCUGGCUGCAGAAAGCAGCAUUGCUAUCCUGAAGAGCAUUUGUGGGGAUUGUGUCAAUGGGCAGAACACUCAACCAUCCGCCAUGAAAGGAGAGAAAGGGGAUCAAGGUCUUCCUGGCAUUCCUGGAACAGAGGACUGUGAAAGGUGCCAACCUAACAAGGAGGAAGAGCCGGGAGAUGAACCAGACCGAGACUGUGCAGGAGGGCCAGGGCACCCAGGAAUCCCAGGUUUACCAGGACUUAAGGGGGAAGAGGGUCCCCCUGGUGCACGAGGAUUUCCUGGGACUCCAGGACCAAUGGGGCCCCCAGGUUUCCCAGGCUCUCCUGGCUCCCCCGGAUUACCUGGCCUACAGGGAGAGCGGGGACUACCUGGAGCUCAAGGAGAUAAAGGAGAACUGGGACCACCUGGUUUGCCGGGUUAUCCUGGAGCAAUGGGACCCCCAGGACUUCCAGGAAGCAAAGGAGAAAGAGGCUACAUUGGACCAGCAGGAGAGAAGGGGGAAUCGGGCCCACCAGGUAAUCCUGGCAUGCCUGGUUCUGUUGGGCCUCUGGGUCCAAGAGGAGAACGUGGAUCUUCCGGCCCCUCUGGAGAGAAAGGUGAUCAGGGACUGCAUGGUCCUCCAGGAUUUCCAGGCCCUCCUGGUUCAACUGGAUUUCCUGGAAAGGCAGGAUCUACAGGACCACCUGGGCCAGCUGCUGAAAAGGGUGCAGAGGGUUUACGAGGUUCUCCAGGAAUGCCAGGCUCCACAGGUCCACCAGGACCCCCUGGAAUACAGGGGCCUCCUGGGAUUGAAGGACUGGAUGGCAAGGAUGGGAAGCCAGGAAUGAGGGGGGAGACGGGCCCCCCAGGGCCACCAGGAUUUAAAGGUAUUCCGGGAUUUAAAGGAAAAACAGGACAUCCAGGACCACCAGGACCAAAGGGAGACUGUGGCCCUCAAGGUCCCCAGGGAAUUGCUGGCCGGGCAGGUGCAGAGGGGGAUCCGGGUCCUAUGGGGCCACAGGGCCGCCCUGGACCUCCAGGACACAUGGGACCUGCAGGAAGUCCAGGCCAGCCAGGCAAUUCAGGACCACCAGGGGUGGGAUUAAAGGGUGACCGAGGACCUCAAGGUGAUCGUGGUCCCUUGGGUCUUCCAGGUGAGCCAGGAUCCCCAGGACAUCCCGGACCUGCUGGUGAAAUGGGAUCAGAUGGAGCUGUAGGCAAAGAGGGUCCUCCUGGAAAACCUGGAAUCCCAGGUAUCAAUGGAGAGAAGGGUGAACCUGGAACUCCUGGAACAGCAGGAUCUCCAGGAGAGAGAGGGAGGCCAGGACCACCAGGAGAUUCUUACUCUACGAAGAGUGAAAACCGAGGGAUUGUUGGACCUAGAGGACCUCCUGGGGAAAGGGGAUCUUCUGGUCCUCAAGGGCCUCCUGGCUCCCCAGGAAUUCCCGGAACACCAGGGACAGUGGCUGAGUCGAUUAGUUAUGAUGAAAUCAAGAGGAUGAUCAGACAAGAAAUGAUCAAGAUAUUUGACGAAAGAAUGGCAUAUUACACUCGCAUGCAAACUCCAGUUGAGAUGGUUCAUUCUCCGGGAAGACCAGGACACCCAGGCAAAGAUGGUACUCCUGGGAGACCAGGACCCCCUGGACAACCAGGACUUCCAGGACAGAUUGGCCGAGAGGGACGGCAAGGACCCCCAGGAAUGAGAGGUGAACCUGGUACAAAGGGAGAGAGGGGUCAGAAUGGUAUUGGAACUAUGGGUGAUGUGGGUCCUCCUGGACCACCAGGACCACCAGGACCCCAAGGUUACGGCAAAUUGGGAUUACCAGGGCCAAUGGGACAACAAGGAAUCCCUGGAAUCCCAGGACCUCCUGGUGGAAAGGGUCCAUCCGGCAAAGAUGGAAGGUGUAACCCAUCAGACUGCUACAACAUGAUGUCAGUGGAAAGCGGGUACCAGUCCAAAAGUAUGAAGGGACCAGGUCGAUAAAAUUCACAAACUAUCAGCUCCUCGAUUACUUCCCUAAAUGGAUUUUCUCCCAAGAGCCAGGUCUUUUUUUUUUCCAUGACAGAGAGACCAGCAGAAUAUUACACCUAUAUGGAUAUAUAAAUAUUGUUUUGUAAUGUUCUGCAUGUCUUUCUGGCAUAAACUUCGGCUGUUUAUGGAAUUUCAUUUUAUAUUUUGAUUUUUUUUUUUUUAUCUAUCCUGGGUGAUACUACUGUUCCUUACUGAGCUCUUACAAUGACUUGUGUUCCCAAUGUCAAUGUCCCUUGUCAUGCUUUGUUGGAGUAAAAAAAAAAACUCUGGCAAUUUUUUGUCUUGCUGAAGAGGAAAAGGUUUACAAGGUUUACAAAUGAAAUCAUGAUUUUUUUUCAUAUAAACAAACACCAGAGCUGGACAGUGACCAAACAGUUUUUUUGCAAAACGUAUUUUUCCAAUUUUACUACAAUAUUUCCAUUAAAUGCAAAAUCAGGAUAGUAAUCAGAAUAACAGAGAACUGUGUAGAAAAAGGGUUAUCUUAUUUUUUCCUCACAAACGCCAGAGCUACUUAUUUUUGCCAGGCCUCCUGAUUCUUACGUGAACACUUCCUACAGAAUGGCGUCCCACAGUUGAAAAAUUCGGCACUUCCCAGUCCUAUGACUUCUAACUAUUCGUGCUUCCCAACAUACAGAAAACUGAAGCAAUUUUUUUUAAAUUACUUUUCCAAGAAAAUAAAACUAAUGUGAUUGUAUUGUUUGUUUGUUGCAAAACAUACUUUGUUCUUAGCUUUCAACAACCAGCUUCAUACAUUGAGCCUUUUGGGGUUUUUUUAUCAGAUGUUAUCCAUUACACAUGUAGCUGAAUGAUCUCCGAUUUCCAGGUUUUUCUAUGGUAUAUUAUUUAGACUAUGCACCAAAAAGGUGUUAGUUUGGAAAAAGAAUUGAAGCUAAUUUGCAUAACAUAAUUCAAAAUCUGUUUUAUUUCACACAAGCAGAUGUUUUUAUAUUUUAUAUAAUAUAUACAAUCACAGAAUGUUCUCUUUUUAUAGGCAAUAUGUAUCUUGUCCUAUAUAGUUAAACCUGGUCAAUAUGGCAAGAUCCUGAUAUGUGCCUAUGGAACAUGUUUCCAAUGUCCCCUUUCCUUUAAUGUUAAUUCAGCAAAAAUUAUGAGAGAGCAUUAAAGGUACACUGUAGUCAGAAAACAAAGAGCAACAUUUAAGGAAAAACAUUACUUAAAUAGGAUUUUUGCCAUAUGUAUGUAUUCAAAAUUUUGCAGGUGAGGUUGUUAAUAUUGUAAGUGAACUUGCCUGCUUUAAUUAUCUGUUAUAAACUGUAUAAUACCACAGCAUUGUUCCUUACUCACAAAGCUCACUAUCUUCAGAAGGCUCCCUAACCAGCUGUAGACGCAGCUACUCAGCUACCAGGUACCACUAAUUGGUAUAGUACUAGAUGUGCACAGUAUACUUCACACAGCAUAAUAGUAAACAGCUUUCUGUCUUACAAUAAUAUGAUUGUAGUGCAGGAACACAAACGCUGAAGCAGAACUGUUUCCUGCCCUAAUAGCCCUGCUCUAGGGUUGAUUAUUAUUCCUGCAUCUAAAAUGUACACUCCUCACACUUGUCUCUGCCAUGUUGCUUUAGCUGCCUAAACUAAGAUUUCCCGAAAGUUUCCUUAGCUGCCUAAAAGCUUUUACUUCCUUUUUGUGUCCUUACACUUUAUUUCAGCUAACACUAGACAGCAAACUGCCGCUUUCUAUGGUAUAUGCAAUAUACUGUGCACAGCUAGUACUAUUACAGCCAGUGAUGUCAGGCUGUCGAGUAGGUGGCUUUGUACAUGUUCUACAACUGGUUAGGGAGUGUAGGAAAAUAGUGAGCUGUGUGAGAAAGGAACAAUACAAAAGUAUAACAGCUCAUAAUAGGAAAUAAAAACACAGGCAAGUUCACUAUACAUUUUAACAUCUUUAGCUGCAACAUUUUAAGACACAUGUAUAUGACACAAUGUUAUUCAAGUUAUUCUUUUUUCAAAUAUUGCACUUCUGUGUUUGUACUUCUAAUUGUUUUCUGGCUACGUUGUUCAUUUAAUAUGUUAUUAUAUGGGAUUCAGUAUUGGGGUAGUGAAUAGUUAAAGAUGCAAUAUACCAUUAAACCCACAUGUGCGCUUGUCUGUAGAAAAAUAUAAUAUAAUAGAAUUUAAUUUAUGGUGUUGUCGACUUUUCUGGCCUUUAAAAUAGUCAAUGGGUCCUUGAUAAUUAAGCAUGUGUUAUAUUCAUAUCAGCACCUGAAUUUUAACUCUGUAAAUAGAUUUUAUGACCUAAAAUAUAAAACUGUGUUCGUGAAAGCAACAAAAUAGUUUUAGCCUAUAAAUUAUUGUGAAAAAUUCAGUAUUUAAGUGAAGAGAUUUAAUCUCAUCUAUUUUUUAUAAUAAUAGUGCUGAAAACAUGCACAUUAAUAUGUAUGCAUAUUUUAUAGGCAUAUUUAAAAUAUACAAUGUUGUAACAGGUUGCACCUUCUUACCACUCUCAUUUUGCACCUUUAAACUCUAUUGCACAACCUUAGGAGCAGAUUAGUUCUGGACAUUUCUAUAUUCUUCUCAGCCAGUCAUCUAGUCAAGCAGUAAAAUAUAGUUUGUCUCUGGAACUAGAAGGGUAGUUUAUCAAUAUACAACCUUUGUGUACCUUAAUUUUUAUAUCACAGCCCAGUUCCUAAUCCAUUCAACUCCUUUUAGGAAGGUCAUAUGAUUUCAGGAUAAACCCAACCCCUAUUUACUCCAGGAAAUAUUUGUGUAUAAGAUUUAUACGUAAGCCUUAGAGAUGUGUUGUUGUCAAAGAAAAUGUUUGUUAUGUUUGAUUUUGUUUCUCUACCAAAACAAGCACAAACCCCUGAGAUAUAAAUGAUAUUCUGGAA